GGCACGCAAGGAUACUUCUUGGUAAUUUUGUAGCUCCGAACAAUCUCAUAAGGAAUUACGAGGUUGUACACUCGAAUUUCACUGAUAGACAGUUCUUCUCGAUGAAAAGUGAUAAAUACGCAGAUGAGCAAACAAUCUUCAAACGUACAAACACUCAAACUUCUUCAUCACCAGAAACUUAACUGUGGUUUAUCGGAAAUAGCUGUUGUGGCUAAUGUCUCCUCUUUACUAGAUAGCUCAGACCAAGUAAUACCGAAAAAAGACACAAAACCUACAAGUUCAGCAACGUUGAUACAAAAAGCCGAGGAAUUCUGCAGAAAAACCCGUGUAGUUGCCAACAAGUGCAAGGUUUUUGUUGGUAACGUUAGCUACAGAGUAAAAUCAAGAGAACUGAAGGAAUUUUUCACCUCUUUUGGUAAAGUUAUUUGUGCACAAAUCAUCACGGAUCGUAUGAAAAAACGUUCUCGAGGGUUUGGAUUUGUGACCUUUAGUAAUGAAUGGGAAGCACAGAAAGCUAAAGAUUCCUCAGAUGAUGAGAGAACUUUAGAAGGAAGAGUCAUGAAAGUUUGCGCUCCAGAGCGAAGGAAGAAAGGUUCCAAAAAUUUUAUUCAAGAAAGCACUAUUGAGGAGGCACUGGAAUGUUAUCGUGAGAAUGGAAACAACACAAAUGAAGCCAGUGAAGAGGCAAUGGUAUCUUGCGGAUGCAAUACCUUUGGAUCUAAAGAACCCCAAUUUUUGCCAGAAAUCUUCCAAUUGAAUGAGUACACCAUGCUCCACAUCUUCUUAUAUUUAAGUCCUAAGGAUAGGAUCAGGGUUGAAAGAGUAUGCAGAAGAUGGAGGUUACUGGCUAUUAAGUCAUGGCAUCAUAUAACCCAUCUGGACUUUCAAGGAGUAUUCACAUCAUUUAAAGGUGUAGGAGGCCUUACUGAUGAAGUUCUGUGGUCCAUUUUAAGACGAGGAUGCCAGAAUAUUACAUCUCUUGAUUUGUCCCAAUCACCCCACUUCUUGACAGAAUUUGCAGUGCUUUGUAUUGGCAAACAAUGCAAGUUGUUGAAAGAACUUGAUUUAAGUGGAGUUAAAGUUAGUACAUCAUCACUAAAGAACUUGUCCCAAAGCUGUAAACAAUUGGAGAAAAUUACCCUUCAUAGGUGUCACAGAGUUGGCGAAAAAGCACUCUGGUGGCUCUUCAAGAAUUGUCAAAAACUACGUCAUGUCAAUUUGGAAGGAAGCAAAAGUGUGAGGGGACAGUGUUUCUUUAUGCUACCACCAUCUUGUGAAAAUUUGUAUCUUGAGGAUUGUACCCAGUUGACAGACAAAGGAAUGAUUUACAUUGGAGAUAAAUGUAAAAACUUGAGAAGUAUCAGUAUAUCAGGCUGUAUCACUCUGACUGAUGAGGGCAUCCUUCAGCUGACACAGCACUGUUGUAUGACUGAGUCAUUAGUUUUCUCAAAAGCUGGACACAAUGUGACUAGUCAAGGGCUGCAGAAUAUUGCUAAUUUGUCAUUGCUGAAAGAGUUGGAUCUAUCAAAGAAUACUGUUGUCAAUGAUGAGUUGCUAUUUAGCAUUGGAAGAAGUUGCAUUCAUUUAAAGUUUCUCAACUUGGACUCCUGUGAAGGAGACAUUACGGAUGCAGGAUUGCAGUGCUUAGUCUCUUGUUAUCAGCUGUCUUCUCUUGUCAUCAGUUACCUACCCCGGAUUACUGACGAGAGUGUAAUACGCUUGGCCUUUAAUGGAACUCUCGAGAAGCUGGUGGCUAGAGCAUGUUCAGGACUCACUGACAAAUCCAUCGAGAGUCUGUUACAGCACUGUGGCCAAUUGACUCUUCUGGACGUUUGUGGCUGUAGUAGAAUCACCAACGCCUCUCUUGAGCUGUUGGGUCAGCAGUGCACAUCAGACGACCGACCAGUUCUCAACUGCACUGUUGGAGGUACAGCCAUAGACGAAAAAGCAGUAACUCGAUUUCGUGAGAUAUCUUGUGGAUGCGCUUUGUUUUACAAUGACUAUUCCAUCAGCACAAGGAUUGAUGCUGUCCCAUCUCAUGGUUCAGGAGCUUUCUUACGCGAAGAAGACGAUGAAGAGUUUGAUGAAUUUGACGAUGAGUUCGAUGAUGAUGAUGAAGAAGAACAUGAACAUUUUCAUAACAUUGUUGACGAUGAGGAGACUUGGAUGGCCGAGGACUCGUUAUGGUGGCGACCAGGUGAUGCCGAAGAUUUCCUGGAGGCUGAUUAUCCUUCGUUACUAGCAGAACAGCUGUACAGAUCAUAACAUGUGCAAAUGAAACUUAAACAGCUGUACAGAACAGAACAGCUGAACAGAUCAUAACAUGUGCAAAUGAAACUUAAACUUAUCAUCGAGUGAUAAGGUCUACGAAGUCCUCGUUGAUAUCUGCGCAUUAGACGCCUCUUCGGGAGAGAUUGGUUUUCCGAGAAGAGAAAGGUUUUCUCGUCCAGUGAGAUUGUUGUCUCUCUUCGGGAUAGAGUGAUUUCCCAAAAUGUUAGGGCGUCUGCGCCGAAAACUGGGUCGAGUACACUUUGUCGAGGCUUAACUUCCCUCUCGUAACGGCGCGACUGUUUUUACAAAGCCUCGUCGCACAACCAAAAUGCUGCGCUGUUGAGAACUUAAUCGCGUUUGGACGUAUCCGAUGUGGACUAGUGAGUGGUCCUACUGUGUAACUCAUUUUAGACGACUGAGGGGCUAUUCAUGUUCCAUCGUAAGUCACCUACCGCACCGUGAACGAUAUAUGCGCAGCAAAAAGGACGGUGGUGACAACUAAAAGCGACGUUACUCUAUGAGUGACGCUCUUGAACAGAUGUCUUACAGAAAAAAAUGAUCGCAAAACAAUUUACUUAAAGUAGCUGCAACAUAUUCUGAAUUAAAAUCAUUGAAACUGACGUAAAGGGCUGCAGGAAGAACAAACGCUGAAGGGGCUAAGCAUUUGCAGAAAAUGAACCGUUCCUAAGUUUUUCAUCGGCCACUAAUGCCAUUUUUCUCAGGCUUCAUCCUUAAUCGUCCUUGAAGGGAUAGUUAAGUAUGAAAAUAAUUGGCAUGAGUCACUGAGGACUACCUUGGAAAGUUAAGAGCAAGACCGUUGUGUUUCAAAUAUUUUGUUCCUGUAGUUCAAAGAAGACAUCUCUCUAGAAAGUUCACCACUUAUGCUACAUAAAGUUAUGAGUGAAUUUUAUCCCUUUAAUGGGGGUUUUAUUGAAAAAAAAUUAAAAAUAAUAGCUGAAAACUUGCGUUA